ACCGCAUGAUCGCACCCACCUCGCCCCGGGUAGGGCCACCAGUACUUUCUACCGCUACUUAUAAACUUGGUUCAAACACUCUAGUUGUUCAGUCCGUCCUGUCAACAAUUACCGGAUUAUAUCCCUGAACGACAGAAUCAUGGGCAGUAGAAAAAGGCUCGGCUGCGCCGGGGUCUUCGCUAUAAUUUUUAUAGCUCAAACAGCGGCGACGACUGACGAUUUCCUGAACUUGACACCGAACGGCAAUUCAGCUCCAAGACGAGCAGAGUCAAGGAGGAGUCGUUACGUCAGCUAUGCAGGUGAUAACUUACCGUUCCUUUACCCAAACUCGCAGUACAACAACUUUUUUGGACAAACUCCGGCAGUCUAUCAACCGUAUGGCGCUGCCACAGGAGGAGUCGUUGGCAAUAGUCAGCCGAAUCAAUCCAACCAACAGGGUCAAGUGACCUGCGGCGAUAGAUUUGACGGUGUCUGUCAAAAGUCGAGGUACAGAACGUUCGAUGGGUCCUGCAAUAAUCCUUACAACCCGACUUGGGGCCAGGCGAAUACCCGGUACGCUCGACUCCUGCCCUCCAAUUACGCCGACGGAGUCCACGAGCCGACUCGAUCCGUUAGCGGAAACAGUCUUCCUCUCUCCCGGGAGGUCAGCCUCGUCCUUUUUCCGGACGUCAAGGUGGAGGACAAGAUGUGGACGCUGGCGAACAUGCAAUGGGGCCAAAUCGUCACCCACGAUAUGGCCAUGAUCGACGGAUCUACGCAGUCUAAGGCCCAUCCAACCAGAUGCUGCACGGACGAUGGCCAGUUCCUGACGUCAGCCCUCAACAGCCCCCUUUGCUACCCAAUUAUCGUCCCGCCCAACGACCCUGUUCACACUCCAUCCGGAACAAAGUGCUUAAACUUUGUUCGUAGUACGACUGACCUCGACCGUGGAUGUUCCUCGUUCAACGAGCCUGCGGAACAGUUAACCACAGUCACGGGCUGGCUUGACCUCUCCAUAGUAUACGGAUCAGACGAUCAGACCUCGGCCAGUCUUCGGGCCGGUUACGGAGGUCGUCUCAACGUCGACGUUCGCGACGGCAGAGAGUGGCCACCAGCGGCACUGAACAAAAGCGCGACUUGCGACGUCGAGAGCGAUGCCGAGGUCUGCUACCGAACAGGAGACGUCAGGGCGAAUCAAAAUCCUCAGCUGACGAUUAUGCAGAUAAUGCUCCUCAGAGAGCAUAAUCGAAUCGCCGACGUACUCGCUCAUCUCAAUCCCCAUUGGACGGAUGAAAUAGUUUUCCAAGAAUCCAGACGCAUCGCGAUUGCCCAGCACCAGCACAUCACCUACUACGAGUGGCUGCCAAUUUUCUUAGGGGUCGAGAACUCGCUGUGUCAUAAAAUAAUUUACGACACGAACGGAUACGUCGACGAUUAUUCGCCCUCGAUUAACCCGAGCAUAAUAAACGAGCACUCAAAUGCCGCAUUUAGAUACUUCCAUUCGUUGAUUGCUGGAAGACUGCAGUUGGUGAACGAGCACAGAUUCGCUUUCACGUACAACAGCCUGCGACUCAGUGACCACUUCAACCGACCCGGAGUCAUCGAGCAGGGCGACAACAUGAACGACCUUACGCGUGGUCUCAGCACACAGCCCGAAGAAGCAAGUGACCAAUAUUUCACCAGCGAGAUAACCCAGUUCCUGUUCCGGGGUGGAAGACCCUUCGGAACCGACCUCCGAUCCCUCGAUAUUCAGAGGAACAGGGACCACGGACUUGCUUCUUACAACCAGGUCCGUCAUUACUGCGGAUUGCCGAAGGCACGUCAAUGGGCAGACUUCGUUGACUACAUAUCGCCGGAGAACAUCGAGAAGUUGGCUCAGCUCUAUGAGACUCCCGAUGACGUUGACCUGACGGUUGGAGGUUCAUUGGAAUCGCACGUGAACGGAGCUUUGGCGGGUCCAACCUUCCUUUGCAUUCUUCUCGAACAAUUCUACCGCACAAGAGCCGGAGAUAGAUUCUGGUUUGAGUCGUCUGAUCAGGACGUGGCCUUUACACCUGAGCAACUAACCGAGAUACGAAAGAGCAGCAUAUCGAAAUUGUUCUGCGAGAACGGUGAUAAUAUAAAACUGAUGCAGCCUAGAGGUUUUGAAAUCGUUUCGGAACAGAAUCCUCUCGUCAAAUGUAACGACUUGCCUGGAAUCGAUCUUUCGCUCUGGAAGGCCGUCGAUCCUAGACACCAUGGAAGACAUUAUCGCCCACAUAUUCUCGUAUAAUCGUGAUUAUACCCAAAUGCGGAAAAGCGUUGUUGCGUUUCGUUGUUUAUAUACUAUGAUAUAAUAAUAUAUCGAGUUUGUUAAGCCUAAUUGCCCGAACGAUUUUUCGAAAGCAUAAAAUACGCACUUACGUGUACGCAACGUACAUACGUAGGUACGUUUAUCUGUGC